AUGAAGUGCAUCACAAAAACUGGCAGUGCGAGCAUAUGUGAUCUUCGAAGCAACACCAGUGUACACUUGCGGUUUUUGUGCCCCGAAGACCAGAUUGAGGUGAAACGUCUUUGCAGCGACUGGUUUCCCGUAGAGUAUCCAGAAUGUUGGUAUGAAGAAAUUACCAGUAAUCCUAAGUUUUUUUCACUGGCUGCCGUCUUGGAAAAUAAGAUUGUCGGUGUGGUUGUGUCUGAGAUAAAGGUCAAAAGUCGUAUACACAAAGAGGAUGCUGACAUUUUAGCUCUCAGUUUCCCCAGUCAUACGCAGGUUGCCUAUAUUUUGAGUCUCGGUGUCGUGGAACGAUACAGAAGACAAGGCAUUGCAUCUCUCCUGCUGGACAGUUUGAUCUCCUAUUUGACCUCAGGUGAGAGGGCGAAUGUCAAGGCUGUGUACCUGCACGUGUUGGCCAGCAACAACGUAGCCUUAAAGUUUUAUGAACACAGAAGCUUCAAAAGGCAUAACUACCUGCCGUAUUAUUACUCGAUAGAUGCACAGCCGAAAGAUGGAUUGUGUUACGUCAUGUACAUAAACGGAGGCGCACCACCCUGGUCCUUAGUUGACUAUAUCAAGCAUUUUGGUUCUCAGCUGUCAUCACAGUUAUCUCGAAUACAGCCUUCCAAUUUACCAAAUGCUGUCAUGAGGCGUACCAGAAACUGGUUUUCCGGGAUUAUUCCAGCCAGGCUGCAGCAUGGAGGGGGCAGCGCCAGUGGAAGCGGCGCUGGAAGUGGAGCUGCAACUGGAACUUUUGGGAGCAGUGGUGGUGGUGGUUGUAGUAGUGCGAGCAGUGCCAACGCUAGUCAGAUUCAUAAUUUGUAAGAUGAAUAUUAAGGAAUGAAGCGAU